UACCCCGACACUAAAGUGAACCUGGUUCUGCUGGGAAUGGCCGGAACGGGGAAGAGUGCAAGUGGAAACACAAUCCUUGGAAAGAAAGUAUUUGAAUCCAAAGUCAGUUCCACUCCAGUCACCAAAGAGUGUCAGAAGRAAGAAGCUCAGAUAAAUGGUCUCAAUGUAAAAGUUAUUGAUACKCCUGAYAUGUUWGAYGAUGAGAUAGCAAAAGUAGCUAAAGACCAACAUGUGAAAAAGUGCAAAGAGCUCUGUGAGUCAGAUCCUUGUGUGUUUGUACUUGUGAUGCAUGUCAGCAGAUUUACAGAUGGAGAGAGAGACGUUCUGAAAAAGUUAGAGAAAAUGUUUGGAGAAAAGGUUAGUAAGCAAACUGUCCUCCUGUUCACUCGUGGAAAUGACCUGACGCAGGCUGACAUGAGUUUCGAGGAUUUUCUUCAUGACUGUCAGGUUAAACUGAAGGAAAUAGUUGCAAAAUGUGACAACAGGUGUGUUCUGUUUGAGAACAGCAAUUCUGACUCAGAUCAGGUCGGCAAGCUCAUGAACAUGGUCGAUCUAGUUCUAAAAAAUAAGAAAUUUUCACAAAGGCAAUGAUAAAGUCUUGCAAGUUGAUUUCUUUGUGCAAAGUUUCUUUUAAUCAGGAACAUCUUUCAGUGCUUUAUUCAUUUAUCAAUGACCAAUGAUUAUCUAAUUUUAAUGCAGUUCACCUGUUUUAUUUUCAUUC